AUGGCACCGAAACGCAGCUUCGACGAAAUGUUCAACACAAAUGAAUGCCAAACUGACUUGACCAAGAACUUGCUUGACACCACCAUAUUGCUGCCUACACUCCUUCAGCUAAGUCCCAGUACGAAGGCCUCAAAGCGCACCUUCGAGGAAAUGUUCAGCUUUGGUGCUUGUGAAAUUGACUUCACCGAGAACCUCCCUGACACCACCGCCUUCCUGGCUAUUCCCGAGCCAAUGGAUAAACUAGUGGCGACCUACAAGAAAAUAGAUAAACUCGCCGAGCUUGUCAGAGAAGGCAAGAGCCUUGCAAUCCACACCAAUUACGCAAAAGCUCAACAGAAAGAGUGCGACGCUAUCACCGAGGCAAAGAGCAAAAUGCUUCCUCUUGAGAUCGAGCAGUUCAACGCCUGGUUUUCCGGUGCUGCUAUGCCCAAUAUCGACUGGGAGCAAAACCAAAAAGUUAUUAGGCUUUCCGAGGAUGAAGAAGCUCACUUCAACCAGCAAGUUCGUGCAAUCCGAGAAAUCUACCACGACCCGAACAUCACUCGCGAGAACGCAUACUGGUUCGUGUCCAAUUUCGGAUACAUGCUUCCUCUUAUCGAGGCAGUUGCGAUAGUAAGGGUUAUCCAGCGGAAGUAUCUCCAUGAGCGAGAAGGUAUCACGGAGAUGGAGUUUGCAGAAUUGCAAACAGCUCGCAGUAUAAUCAAGAUUACCAUGGACACAUUGCAGAAAAGACAACGCCGGGUGGAACUGGAUGAUACCCUACGGGAGAAACAGCCGGGAUUGGAAAUGGUGACGGUCUUCACUAGCGAAGCCUGUGGGACUAUUCAGUUCCGUGCCAACGUGAUCCAUAAAAAGGCCAUGGAAUACAAGGAGGGGUUAGAAUGUAGAGGAUUUUCGAGGGCUAAGGAAUAG